AUGAGCUAUCUGCAAAUCCCUCUGCAGCCCCCGUCUCCGCUCGCGAACGGCUAUCUCGAGGCAGCGAGCCACGGUCGCCAGCCCUUGUGCGGCAAUAGCGAGGGAUGGGGACCCAUAAGUCGCGAUCGAUAUGAUUUCACGCCAUGUUUCCUCGACGUGUGGAUAGCGACGGUUGCGUCGGCGGGCAUCUUGGGUGGAGCGGGUGCGACGUGGUAUCUGCUCAAGAAGUGCACCGCGCAGCCGGUGAAGAAGAACUGGCACUUUUAUGCCAAAUUAAUCACGAUAAUCGCGCUCUUCGUCACGACUGCCCUGCAAGCAGCCUUGCAGAUCGAAUACUACAAGGGCAUCUGGGCCGGCGACUUCCGUUUCUGGGCCACUAUCCUCAAUCUCGUUUCGCUCGGCGUUAUCUUUUACGUUCAGUAUACUGAGCACUGGCGGUCGCGCAAUGCGAACGGUGUGGUGCUGUUCUAUUGGCUCUUCUUGCUGAUUGCAUAUGCGGUCAAGCUCCGAUCAUUGGUCUCUCAAAACAUUCAUCGCGAACAUGUAGCUUAUUUUGCAGUGUUCGCCACCAGUGUUGGAUUGGCGGCAAUCGAAUUCUUUCUGGAGUGGGGAAUCCAGAAACGAUUAAGCGACUACGAUGCGCUUGGAGACGAUGACGAAUGCCCGUACGAGUACUCUGACGUCUUUUCGGUUCUGACAUUUGGCUGGAUGACGCCUAUGAUGAAGCGAGGGUAUAAGACGUUCCUGACCCAGGACGAUCUUUGGAACCUGCGCAAGCGAGACACAACAAGAGCGUCUGCCGAUGCGUUCGAGGAAGCCUGGGCUUACGAGCUGGAAAAGAAGCAUCCAUCCUUGUGGAUCGCAAUGUUCCGCGCAUUUUCAGGGCCCUAUUUCCGUGGUGGCGCUAUCAAGACCCUCAGUGACGCGCUCAACUUCGCCCAACCUCAACUUUUAAGGCUUCUUAUCAGCUUCGUGCAGUCGUAUCAAACCGAUAGCCCGCAGCCAGUUGCGCGAGGAGCAGCGAUCGCCAUCGCCAUGUUCGUCGUUUCGAUGUCACAGACAGCGUGUUUGCAUCAAUACUUCCAGCGCUCGUUUGAGACCGGCAUGCGCAUCAAGUCAUCACUGACCGCUGCCAUCUACUCGAAAUCCACGCGCCUGUCGAACGAAGGGAGAGCAUCGAAGACUACGGGUGACAUCGUGAACUACAUGGCAGUUGACAGCCAGCGCCUCCAGGACCUUGCACAGUACGGCCAGCAACUGUGGUCCGCACCUUUCCAGAUCGUUCUCUGCAUGCUUUCCUUGUAUCAGUUGGUUGGGUGGAGCAUGUUUGCCGGUGUCGGAGCCAUGAUCAUCAUGAUUCCAAUCAAUGGAUACAUCGCGCGACUUAUGAAGACACUGCAGAAGGAGCAGAUGAAGAACAAGGACGCACGUACAAGGCUCAUGACAGAGAUUCUCAACAACAUGAAGUCUAUCAAGCUAUAUGCUUGGACAACCGCAUUCAUCAACCGCCUGAACGUCAUCCGUAACGACCAAGAGCUCAAGACUCUAAGGAAGAUCGGAGCCACACAAGCUUUCUCAAACUUUACUUGGUCUACCACACCGUUUCUGGUAUCGUGCUCCACGUUCGGCGUGUUCGUUCUCACCCAGCACAAGCCUCUGACAACCGAGAUCGUUUUCCCAGCCCUUACCCUGUUCAACCUUCUUACAUUCCCCCUAGCGAUCCUUCCGAUGGUGAUUACUGCUAUUGUGGAGGCUAGUGUAGCCGUCGGACGUAUUACCAGCUUCCUGACCGCUGAGGAACUCCAGGAAGAUGCUGUUCUUCGGGAGAAAGCGGUCGAAGAGAAUGGCGAGGAGUCAGUUCGCGUUCGAGAGGCAAGCUUCACCUGGGAUCGCCACGAAAACCGCCUCGCUUUGCAGGACAUCAACUUUUCUGCCCACAAGGGCGAGCUCGCUUGCAUUGUCGGCCGCGUAGGCGCUGGAAAGUCCUCGCUUCUGUCAUCGAUCCUUGGCGAUCUGUGGAAGACUCGAGGCGAAGUAGUGGUGCGUGGCAAAACCGCGUACGUGCCGCAGCAAGCCUGGGUCAUGAAUGCAUCAGUCCGCGAGAACAUUGUAUUCGGCCACCGAUGGGACGCUCAAUUUUAUGAGCAGACAGUCAACGCGUGCGCUCUCCGCGACGACUUCGCCACGCUCCCUGACGGUGAUCAAACAGAGGUUGGCGAGCGCGGUAUUUCCCUUUCGGGAGGCCAGAAGGCUCGUCUGACCCUGGCCCGCGCCGUUUACGCUCGUGCAGAUAUUUAUCUGCUAGAUGAUUGCCUGUCGGCGGUUGAUCAGCAUGUCGGUCGGCACCUUAUUGACAACGUGCUCGGCCCGAAGGGUCUGCUCUCCGGGAAGACAAGGAUUUUAGCGACAAACUCUAUUCCUGUGCUCAUGGAGUCGAACCUGAUCGUGCUAUUACGCGAAGGAAAGAUCCUUGAAAAGGGAACGUAUGAUCAGCUCAUGGCUAUGAAGGGCGAAAUUGCAAACUUGAUUAGGACAUCACAGAAUGAGGACCAACAUGAAUCAGACAGUCGCGCGUCCGAGAGCGUCGUCAGCGAAGAGGAAACCGUUUACGGCGGAGGCAGCCCCAUCUCUGAUGACCAGGACCAGGACGAGGCGGAAGCCGCGCAAGAGAAUACCCAUUUGGCACCCCUCCGUACCGGCAACGGCACGGCCCGCAAGUCUAGUUUCCAAACCUUACGACGCGCGAGCACUGCCAGUUUCAGGGGACCCAGAGGCAAGCUCACGGACGAGGAAGGCGGCAAUAUGAAGAGCAAGCAAGAAAAAGAGUUCUCAGAGCAAGGAAAGGUCAAGUGGUCUGUUUACGCGGAGUACGCUAAGGUUAGCAAUCUUGUUGCCGUCGCCUUCUAUCUGGUGCUGCUUGUUGGGGCGCAGACCGCCUCUGUAGGCGGGAGCGUAUGGCUCAAGAACUGGUCUGAAAUCAACCAACGGUACGGCGGAAACCCCCAUGUGGGCAAGUACAUCGGCAUUUACUUCGCUUUUGGCGUGGGAUCUGCAGCACUCAGCGUCGUCCAAACGCUCAUUCUCUGGAUUUUCUGCUCUAUCGAGGCUAGUCGCAAGCUGCACGAGCGAAUGGCCUUUGCGAUCUUCCGCUCGCCAAUGAACUUCUUCGAGACAACGCCUGCUGGGAGGAUCCUGAACCGCUUCUCUAGCGAUGUCUAUCGAGUCGACGAAGUCUUAGCCCGGACUUUCAACAUGCUGUUUGUUAAUUCGGCAAGAGCCGGCUUCACCCUCGUUAUCGUUUCCGUUACUACUCCCGUCUUUAUAGCGCUCAUCUUCCCGCUUGGCGCGCUAUAUCUGUACAUCCAAAGAUACUAUCUCCGGACCUCCCGAGAGCUCAAGCGUCUUGACAGCAUCAGCCGCAGCCCCAUCUAUGCACACUUCCAGGAGUCACUUAGUGGUAUGAGCACCAUCCGCGCCUACCACCAGCAGAAGCGCUUCGAGCUCGAGAACGAGUGGCGCGUAGACGCCAAUCUGAGAGCGUACUUCCCGUCCAUCAGUGCAAACAGAUGGCUCGCGGUGCGCCUCGAAUUCAUUGGCUCAAUCAUCAUCUUGGCUUCUGCUGGCUUCGCAAUUAUUUCUGUUGCGAGCCAUAGCAACUUGUCUCCCGGUGCAGUAGGCCUCGCCAUGUCGUAUGCCCUGCAGAUCACGCAGAGCUUAAACUGGAUCGUGCGACAGACGGUCGAGGUAGAGACUAACAUUGUGAGCGUGGAGCGUGUCCUCGAGUAUGCGGCUCUGCCGAGCGAGGCGCCUGAAAUCAUCUCCAAGAACAGGCCACCCAUUAGCUGGCCGUCGCGCGGUGCGGUGUCCUUUAACAACUACAGUACCAGAUACCGACCAGGUCUUGAUCUCGUAUUGAAGAACAUCAACCUUGACAUCAAGCCUCAUGAAAAGGUCGGUGUCGUUGGUCGCACAGGCGCGGGCAAGAGCUCCCUCACGAUGGCGCUCUUCCGCAUCAUAGAGCCCGUGGAGGGCAAUGUCAGUAUUGACAACUUGAACACAAGUACCAUAGGCCUACUGGAUCUGCGGCGGCGUCUGGCCAUCAUCCCACAAGAUGCGGCGCUGUUUGAAGGCACCGUGCGAGAUAACCUCGAUCCAGGCCAUGUGCACGACGACACAGAGCUGUGGAGCGUUCUAGAACAUGCACGUCUCAAGGACCACGUUGCCAGCAUGCCCGGCAGAUUGGAUGCUCAGAUCAAUGAGGGUGGUUCCAAUCUGAGUGCCGGCCAACGCCAACUUGUCUCAUUGGCGCGCGCCUUACUUGCACCAAGCAACAUCCUCGUCUUGGACGAAGCCACGGCCGCUGUCGACGUCGAGACAGACGCCAUGCUGCAGGCCACUCUGCGCAGUUCCAUGUUCCGCAACCGGACUAUCGUCACGAUUGCGCACCGCAUCAACACCAUUCUGGACAGCGACCGCAUCAUUGUGCUCGACCACGGAAAGGUUGCGGAAUUCGACACCCCUGCGGCUCUCGUGAGGAGCAAGGGUCUCUUCUACGAGCUCGUCAGGGAAGCAAACCUCCUCAGCUCACUGGACGUUACGCAGGCUUGA